GUACGUACAACAUACUUCGAAUAGUACCUACGACUCGUGAUGUGGUUUCUGAGAGCCGAGAAAGCUAACAGGUCAUGACAUAUCUCGGGACUGGGGAAUGGUCAUUGGCCGCUAACCGAGCCGAACUGGAAUUCGGGAUCUUCUCGCAUCCGGGCAACAUAAUGGAAUGGUGGUCGUAACCCCAAUAUAAAGGAGGCCUAGUCCCAGUACACUGAAUUAAAGAUCUACUAGUAUCCCCAACGAUGUUCGUCCAGGGUAUUCUAAACUGGCUGACCCUAGCGUCUCUAACGUUCAAUUCACAUAAACAUGAAGAUGAAGACCCUCUCAAGAGACUCGCAAACUUGACUCCGUACCGUGUAGCUCCUGCUUCUCACAAAGUUGAGGCAGAGUUACCUGGUGAUUGCAGUGUCGAUCGAGUAAUGCUUUUGCACAGACAUGGCUCUCGUGGACCUUCUGGGAGCGAAGAGGUGGCCCUGAUUAACUCCCUCGUCCAAACGCUCAGGAAUGGUCACGAUGCUCUCCAGGAUGCUGAUCUGCCCGAGAACUUGCGUUUCCUUCAGACUGGGAAGGGAUAUGAAUCACAUUUGGUUCCAGAAAACCUGACCAUCAUCGGGCGUGAGCAGCUCUUCUCCCAUGGUGUGGAAUUCGGGUUGAAGUAUCCGAACUUCACCACGGAAACACUAUUAUCCAGCACUACACAAAGAGUGAUUGACUCCAUGUACUUUUUUGCUCAGGGACGUUUUGGUCGCGAAGCUGAGGACAAGGACCUACUUACAGUCAACGAUAUACCCGAUCCAGUGUCUUGGAUCACUCCGUGGAAUUCGUGCCCUGGCAUUGACUGGCACUACGCAUCUAAGGUGGGCAAUGAAUGGAGCAACUCGUACCUCCCUAAAAUCACCGAACGCUUGAAUGACCUUCUUCCUUACGACGUUUCCUUUAAUGAUAAUAACACGCACGGAGCUUUGUACGCAUGCGCAUAUGACCUAGCCGCAGGGUAUGAGUCACCAUGGUGCGAUGUUUUCUAUGAGGAUGAACUUGCAGAUUUUGAGUAUGAACUAGAUCUCAUUAUGGUCGCAAGUGUCGGAUACCUGGUGCCCAAUAAUGCCGGACGUAUCAUGGGAAGUGUCUUUGUUAAUAAACUAAUCAAUAGAUUCUCCAACACUAGUGGGGAAGCCCAGUCCCUCUAUCUCGAAUUCGGGCACGACGCUACCAUCAUGGCUGCGAUGGCUGCAAUGGAUCUCAAUAAAGAUGAACCUCAACUGUCUCCAGAAGAACUACGUCCGCACCGAAGGUUCCGAACAUCGUACCAAACUCCCUUUGCUGCCCAGAUGAUCUGGGAAAGUUUCACUUGUAAAGAGUCAUUCGAUGGACCACAAAUUCGACUGGUACUUAACGAAGAGACAUAUCCCUUGCGGACUUGCGCAGAAACCAAGAAAGAUCGUCGAUUUGGGACUUGCUCGCUGGAUGCAUUCACAAGAGCCAAUAAAUUCAGCACCGAUAUCGAGUUCAACGAUGAUACGUGGCAAGCAGCCUGCGGUGCCAGGAUGAACGCGUACCAAUCCUUGAAUCAUCAGCAGUCAUUGGGUUACUUGCUUCAUUGAUUUUCUGCCUGCUUCGUGUAGCAAUGACAUGAUUUUUUCACCUUGC